AUGGUGUGCUGUGUGGAAGAUGGAUCCUCCCAACGAGCUCGUAGCAAGGAGCUGGUCGACAUGAUCGCAAAGCAGAUCUUGGCCGAUGAGAGGGAGCAGAAGGACGGACCCGCCGUAUCGAUUCGAUCCAGCCUGCCAGAUAUUGUCGAAGCAGUUGCAGAAACUAUGGACCGCAGCUACGUGGCCGUCUUCGUGCCGGUGAAGACGGAGACCUGCAUCCAGCGCCUCCAGGGCAGCAAUGUCAAGGCCAACGUGCGCAUUGCGGAGUGUGCCAUUCACCACUUCCCUUCGGAUAAGGAUGUCCUUUCCAUGGAGAUGUUGACAGCGCUAAAGGACUUUCAUUGCAGCGGGGAUCCCUCCGCGCCCUACUACGCUGCGCUGGCGUUGAUGUCGCUGCAGCAGAAGUUUGGCACCAUUCCCACGGUGCACGCCAUCGGCGCUGCGGGGAAGGUGGUAGUGGACAACAUCCUUCGGCUGCGGAAGGAGGGACAGGCUGGACAGGCGAAGAAGCAGACCGAGCCGGCCUUGCGGCCGGGGAUACCCCCAGCUGCGGCACCCCCGCGGGGCGCGGCGGCGGUGAGGAAGGAGGAGGCCUCCGCCGCGCAGCCGUCUGUGGCUGCUGCUUCAGAGGAGGGCCCCAAGAUCAGCGAGGUGGUCAUCAUCGACCGUCGGGUGGACCUCUUCUCAGUGCUCUGCUCGCAGUUCACCUACCAGGCCCUCAUCGAUGUGGCCUACGGCAUCCGCAGAAACACGAUCGACAUCAGCUCAGCCGCCUGGGCAAAGUCCCGGAGCAGCUCUAGCUCGCUUGUGCGGCUUUCUCCGGAUGACCCCUUCUACCAGGACAUCCGAGACCUCCGUAUCGACCGUCUAGGGCCGCUGCUCCAGGACAAGGCCAAGGCAAUCCAACAGACCUACUCGGAGAAGGACAAUGUAAAGAGCGCCAACGAGAUGGCAGAGUACAUCAAGAAGUUCAAAACCGCACAGUCGGCACAUCCUUUGCUGGAGGUCCACAUCAACCUGGCCCACGACCUGAACGAGAAGAUCCAAUCUGAGGAGUACCGGCAGCUGCUGAAGCUUGAGGACGAGAUCACCGCUCAAAGCACGAGCUCCCAGAGCUGUUUGGACGCAGUGCAGGCCAUUAUGGACGACCAGAAGCCCUUUCAUGAGGCCUUGCGGCUCCUGUGCUUGCAUUCGCUGGUCAACAACGGAAUCAAGAAGCAGCAGCUGGACCCUCUGAAGUCGGUCUUCCUGCAGUCCUACGGCUUUGCCUUCCAGGAAGCUUUGGAGAACAUGGAGCGCGCAGGCCUCUUGAAGUACCAGCAAGGGAAGUCUGGCUGGGGAAGCAUCAAGCGGCAGUUCAACCUCUUCGUCGAGGACGGGAUGACAGAUGAUGUCAGCUAUGCCUACAGCGGCUACGCCCCACUAAGCGUGCGCCUGGUGCAGAUGACGAGGAGUCAGCCCAAAGGCUGGCUGGCUGUCAAGGAUGCUUUGAGCCUGCUGCACGGCCCUGCGCAGGAGUUGCAGCAGCCUGGCAAGGAGGACGCCGCGUCGCCCGUGGUGUUGGUGUGCUUCCUCGGUGGCGUCACCUACGGGGAGAUUGCGGCGCUACGACGCCUGUCAGAGGUGGAGGAGGGGCGCCGGAGGCUCGAGAGAAUCCCCGGGUCCCGGGGCGGCGGGGGGCUUUGGACGGAUGGCUUGGAUCUGCCCGUGGCGAGCGAUCGACCAAUUUACACGGGGUAUAAGGAGCGAAAGAGAUGA